AUGGGAAAGAAGCCCAAACACCGGGGGGCUGCAAAACUGGCGGGGGCUCGUGAUAUCAGAGCACUUCUCCUCCGACCUGCCAAGGCCGCAGUAACCCCUACGCCGAACCAAGAUGGCGACUCUGCCUCUGCGUCCUCUGCAGAACAGCUCCUUGAUGAGUUGGACGACUUCCCCGGCAACGGGGGACUACACAGUGUAUCUUCAGACGAAGACAAUGACCUGCCCUCCACCAAAGGGGACAUAAAAGCCACCCUAUGCAAUAUACGCUCCCUCUUCGCGGCAGACAUGGCGGUCCUGAGAGAAGAGAUUCACACCGUGGAGGGGUGA